AUGUCGACCGGCGAGACGAUAUCCAGUGUGCAUUCAGAAACAAUGGACGCCGAUCCCGAUUACAAGUCUCUCUUGGGCAAACUGGAAAGAGAAUAUAGAAUCAAGAUUAAUGAAUUUCUUGGAAAGGGUUCGUAUUCACAAGUGAUGAAAGGACUCUCUGAUAACAAAUUCAGUAUUGCUGUUAAAAUUAUCGACACAAGAGUACCUUCUGAAUAUGUAAGGCGGUUUCUACCGCGGGAAAUGGCUCUAGUACGAAAUUUGCACCACGAAUGUGUACUACGAGUCUAUCAGGUUGUGGACAUCAGUCAUUAUGUAAUAUUCAUCACAGAAUACUGCGAUGGUGGUGACCUUCUACAGAAAAUAAAGAAAACAAAAAGAGUUCCAGAAAAUGAAGCCAAAAUACUUUUUCGACAACUUGUCGAGGCUCUUAUUUACUUACAACGUAGUAACAUCGUUCAUCGAGACUUGAAGUGCGAAAAUGUUCUUCUGGAUCGACAUGAGAACGUCAAGUUAGGAGAUUUUGGUUUCGCUCGAUACUUGAAACAAAACGAGAAGGCGAACACUUUCUGUGGUAGCAGGGCCUAUGUUGCUCCAGAAAUUCUCCGAGCUAUCGCCUACAGUGGACAAACGGUUGAUAUAUGGAGCGCCGGGGUUGUACUAUAUGUUAUGGUUACGGGAGUUAUGCCGUAUGAUGACAGAAAUCCACAAAAAAUGGUAGAACGACAACUUGGACAUAAAUUACGGUUUCCGAAGAUUGAAAUAUCCGUACAAGUUAAGACUUUGAUAUAUGAGAUCCUUCAUCCAUUUCCUCCUUCACGACCUACCUAUAAGGCUAUUUGCGCAAGUGAUUGGUUGAAGAACACCCCAUAUAUGCUCAAAGGGGGAAAGGACGCCACCACUCAGAGUCAAGAUCAGUAG